AUAGUUUUUUUUUUUUUGUUUUGAACGUGCUCUUUUUUGGUUAGCGCGUUUCUUGCACUUUGCAUUUCGUUUACUUCGACUUCAUACCCGGAAACCGAAAAUGUCGAAGCGCAGCGCAAGAGGAAAACGUGGAAGGACCCCAAGUAAAGGAUCAGCGACCACUAUUGAUGGGUUGAACGAUAUGCUGGAAGCUCAAUUUCCCGAUGAUUUCAACGUGGCUCAAUUGGAUCUGAUGAACGAUCUGGACGAAGAGUUCUUUGCAAACUCCUAUGAGAUGGUGCAACAUAUUUUACAGGUCAGCAAAUUUGCGGCCAGGAAAUUGAAAGGAUUCGUCGACUUGCUCGCCCGACUUCAUGGCCAUUACACGGAAGAGAAGGCACUGACCGCAGCGAUGCAGGAAAAAGUGGGCGCGGCACAACAGAAACUGAAAGUGUCUCUCGAAGUCACCUUCUCUUAUGACUCCAUGCUUAAUGAGCUGCGUGACGCGUUGGCCGAGGCGUGGCGCACCGCGGAUGCAGCUCAUCAUAGGGAAGUGGACUUGCACACCAAUAUUGAUUAUGGAUAUGCUGAUCAGCAGACGAAACAAGCGCCAGCCGAAAGCACCAAGUCCACCAAGGAGAUGUGGCUGCGUGGCGUGAUCUUUAGGGAGCGCGAUCGUCUGGCCCGAGAGCUGAAGGAGCAUCAGAAACGCCUCGAAACAAAUCGUUUCUACUCGGGGUCCUUGGAGGGCAUCAUCGAGGAUCAUCGCGCCACGAUCAGCAGACAGCAAAUGCGGGUUAAAUUCUUCGAAACCGAAAUGUUCAAGCUGGAGCACAAACAAAGGGAGAUGGUGGAAUCCUAUGAUGAGCAGUUCCUUGUGCAGCGUCGCGAUAUCGAAUCGCUCACUAAUAUGAACUCGAAUUUGCGUGCAUUCGAGCGGAAGUAUCAGAGUGCCAAGGCAUUGACUGAGAAUCAAAGACAAGUGAUUGAGCGAAUCUUGCACAAUAAUUUUACGCUACAGAAGGUGAAUCACCGCCACGAAGAGCAAAUAUUCCAUCUGAAGGCAGUCGUGAGCAAUUUGGAGAGCGACAAUCGUGGAUUGCGACGCGAGAAACAAGAGCUCGACUAUCGUGGUCGCUCCAAUGUGCGCGAGAUCAAAAAGAAGGUCGAGCUCCAUAUGCUGCUCAUGCGACGUUUCCAUCAACUGACCAAGAAGAAUAACGAGCUCAUCGAACAGGAUUUGCUCAAAAACAAUGAACUGACGGGUGCCGAGAAGCGAUUGGCCAUUGCGAUGAGCAAACUGGAUGAGACCACCAAGCAGAAGGAGGAAGCGGAACGCUACAAGGAUAAGCUGCGUGCCGAGAUUACCACUCUAAACGGAGUCCUGGCCAGUGUACGUUUCGAUCUGAUUACGCAGCGAGGUCGCACCCAGGACACUCAGUUGCUGCUGGAUAAAGCGCAUGUAUCCUUGGAUGAGCGAGACGAGCAGAUACACAAACUGAUCAAGGAGCGCAACGAUGCGCUGGCCGAAGUCAACGAACUGAACAAGACCAUUGAGAGACUAGAGGAACAUGUUGCUUUAAAGACGACAAAGCUACAAGAGGUCCAAGAGCAGCUGCAGCAAAAGCAGACGGAAUAUCUGAGGAUCAAACAGCAAAUGGAAAUACUGCACUCGGAGAAGAUCAUGCUGCAGAAGAGCAACGCAGUGUGUGGCCAGGAUCGCCAGAAGCUGCAAAACAUCAAUACCAAGCAGACCUUUCAAAUCAAUCAGCUAUGCAAUCAACUUGCCUCCCAUGAAAAGGAGAACAUUUCGCUCAAGAAUCAAAUCGAUCAGAUCAACAAUCUGGUGAAGCACAAACAGACUGAAAUACACGCAAAGGAGCGAAUGCUGCAGAAUGUGCGCAAUGAACUCCACGAGAUGAAGAUACGCUCCGGCCAGCUGCAGCAUACCAUCGAGGAUGACGAGCAACGCUUCAAGAAGAUCACGUUUCGGUUGGACGAGGAGCGGCAGAAUAAGAAUUUAAUUGGACAACAAAUGAUGCGACGCAACGGCGAGUUACGCGUGCAGCAGGAGAAACUAUCGAUGAUGCAGUUGGCGUUGAAUCGCGGCACCAUGCAGUACAAUCAACGCAUCGAAGACAUUCGGCUGCUGAAAACUGAGAUCACCAAUCUGCGCAUGACCAAGGAGUGCUUGGAGCGUGCAGUGUCCAGUACGGCGAAUAUGCGCCGUGAGAUUGUGCGACUCGAGCGUCAGCUUGUCCGGGAACGCUUGCACGUGGCAGCAUUCACGGACGAAAUGAAGCAUCCCUAUCGCAUACAUCGAUGGCGUCUGUUGCGCGGCCAAGAUCCGCAACGCUUCGAGCUAAUCGUCAAGAUACAAGCGCUGCUCAAGCGUAACAUCAGUAUGACGGUGGAGCGCACUAAUCUGGAGCAAAAGGUGCACGAUGUGCAGCGCAAGUACGAGGCGCUCAAACAGCAGCUGCUGCACGUUUCCGAUCCGCAGAUCAAGGAUCGUCUGUGGCGACAGCAGUGUAUCAAUCAGCGACAAAGUCGCAAGCUACGUGCCAUGAAAGCCGAGCUGGCCAUCAAUGAAAUCGAUCUGGAGGCACGCGAUGUAAUCAUUGGCGAGUACAAGAAUGCACUGCGAAAGCAAGAGGAACCCAGCCCGGGUAUCGUCAAUAGCAUUGUUAAGCCGGUGGUAGACAACCCGUACACGGAUCAAAUCAUCCAGAGCAGUUCGUCGGCAGUAUAAGUAAUUUAUUUUUUUUAAAGCAGCGUGCUGACCAUUUUGAAGCCGGCGCCCAACGUGCGGGGCAACUGUGCUGGCGCCGAAUAGCAAUGUGCCUGCAUCUGUUCGAGCAAUUGACGUUCUUCCAGCAGCUUCUGUUUGCGUCGCUUUUCUUCCAGCAGUUGGGUUUUGGUCUGCGCCAGAUUGCCGCGCAUCUCCUCCAGCUUCAGUGAUUUGAAUUUGUCGUCCGCCUCCCGAGCACUCAGCUCAGCCAUCAGCACCUUAAGCUUGCGAUCCUUGGCCGACAAACUAGCCUAUGAAUGAAAUGUAAUCUUUUAAUAUACACAUAUUUUAUAUUGUUAA